UGGAAACUUCUUCUGUAGUCCUCUGAACUCGACCGUUUCUUCUCCCUUUUCGAGCACAUACAUACGCACAAACCUUCAUUUUUCAGUUGGUGAGUUUCAGAAUCGAAAGCAGAGGGAGGAAGAGAAGAGAAAAACAUGUUUGAGUCUCAGUCCCUCCUCUCCAGAAAGGGGGCUUUACGCAGUGUAUGGGAAGCUGCUUAUUUUCACAAGAAGCUCAAGAAAGCCCAAGUCACUCAGACCAAUAUCUCUUCCUCCGUCGAUAAGAUUUUAGUAGAUGAAGUUCCUGUCCUUGCAUAUAGAAUAUUGGGUUACAUUCUUCUUGGUGUUGUGAGAAUAUACUCGAAGAAAGUAGAAUAUCUGUUUGAUGACUGCCAAAAGAUGCUGAUUAAAGUCAAGGAUUUUGCUGUUGGUAAACAAUUUAAUGCAGAUAUGGAGGGAUUUUCUGCACCCUGUUUCUCUAUUACUCUACCAAAAACGUUUGAACUUGAUGCUUUUGAUUUGGAGGUCUUGGAAGAUGUUAGUGGAGGCAAUGUGAGACCCCAGGAAGAGAUUACGCUUCAAGAUACCUUGAAAAAUGAGGGAAUCAGGCAUUACUUUCUAGAUCAGUAUCGUUUUGAGGAUGUUGCUUCCCAACCCGAAACUUGUUCUACCAUUUCCCCACCAGAUGAGGAUUUUCUUUUGCCUUGCCUGAUGGACACUGCUCAGUUGGUAAGCUCAUUACAUGAUCUGAGCAGCAUAGAAGCAAGCAUGGAGAAGUUUCGAGAUUGUAGCUUUUCUCAAGGAGAAUGUUUGGACCUUCAGUUGUUUCACAGGGUUGAAAUAGACAUUGGGGGACCAUUUGAUGGAGAGCAUCAUAGUAAUGGAGAGCAGACAUCUCUGGAAAUGACAUCAUCAGAAAACAGAAGACAUCAAGUCACUAUAGAAUGCCAUUCAGUACCUAAUACAUUUGAUGCAACUCCUCAGUCCAAGCUCCAGGUUACUGCAGAAGGCCAUAGAGUAACCAAUACGCUUGAUGCAACUCCUGAGUCCAAUCUCCCAGAUGCUUCAGGUUCUACUACACCAGAGUUUAUUAUUGUUCACACCCCAACAAAAAAGGAGCAUGCACGAAUUCCAAGGAAGAGAAAAUGUUUGUUUGAUGAGAAAAUAGUUCUGUCUAGCGAGUUCCUUAAGAAAAGCAUACAAAGCUCAAGUGACUUGAUACGUAAACGAAGGAAAGUUCCUCACACUGCUUAUGAUGCCUGGAAAGUUUAUCAAAUUGCUAAUCUCUCGCAGGGUUUCUUGGAGGCUUUGAUUCCUUGCAUUUCCUUGGAGCUUAGAUCACUCUUCCAUGCAAAGAAAUUAAUGACCCCAGAGCUUGUUGUAAAUGUGGAAGCUCCUGAUGGGUUAGUUGUACCAGGAUCCCCUACUGUCAAUCAACUCUUAAAGGAAACAGCAAUUGCUCCAGAAACACCUGCAAUUCACUCAACAUUAAUGGGAGUAUCUGAGGUCCACAAGCUUACUGAUUCAGAUAGAGUGGUGCCUGCAAGUUCAUUUGAGAGUUCACAGCAAAGGCAAUCUUCAAGUGAGAAUGAAGAAUUUGAUAUCCUGAUGAAUGAGGAGAUAAAUUCAUGUGAAGUAGCUAACCAGAAAAUAAAUGGAUGGUCAGAUAGAACCGGAAUGGUGGCAAGAUACCUGUGCAGAAGCUUUUUAAAUCAAAAGAAACAAGGAGAUGAGAAUGCUGUGACCCUGUCACAGUUUCUGACAGGAAAAACCAAGAAAGAAAGUUCAAGACUAUUCUAUGAGAUACUGGUCUUGAAAAGUAAAGGGUACGUGGAUGUAGAGCAAAAUAAUGCCUAUGGCGACAUCCGUGUGAUGAAAACUCUUCAAAUGGAAAGUGUUUCCGGGAAGCUGAAGGUGUCCAGAUAGGAUUAGAGGCUUGCAGUUUGAUCUGUGUUUAAUGGAUAGCAUGUUGUACACACCCAGGUAGGAUUAGAAUCUGUUAGUUCCAUCUGUAUUUAGUGGGUAGAAAUAAUAUGCAUCAUAAAGAUGUAGAAUGCAGGUAUAGCCUCGUUUAUGUUGACAUUUCAGGCAUGUAUAUAAAGUUGGUCUUUAAUUUUUAUAUGGCCUCAAUCUUUGAUUC